AUGUACGGCUCCAUCUUCGAGGGCAUCCACGACGGCCGCUACCUCGCCCACCGAGGCGACGUGAUCGUCGUCACCGUCAACUACCGCCUGAAUGCCUUCGGUUUUUUGGGUUCUACUUCUUCAUCUUCGUCUUCGGCAGUGAGCAACCUCGGCCUGCACGACCAGCUUCUCGGGUUGCGCUGGAUCGCCGAGAACAUCGGCCACUUUGGCGGCGACAAGGACUCGGUGACGAUCUUCGGCAACAGCGCCGGCUCGAUGGCCGUCAGCGGCCUGUUGUUAUCUCCACUAAGCGUUGGACUCUUCAGUCGGGCCAUCCUCCAGUCUGGGGUGCUGCUUUCGCCGCCAAGCGUUGAAGAGGCUUUGGAAAGUGUGGCGAAAAUUGCAGCUUUUGUACCGGGCUGUCCACCAGAGGAAAAGAACCCGGAAACCUUGCUCAACGGCUGUUUACGCCAAUGUUCCACAGAGGAGCUGCUCAACGCCACCCGAGACUCGGGCGUCUCGCUGGGGCCCGUUUACGGCGAUGAACUGCUUCCCAGGCGCCCAAUCGACCUGCUGCUCAACCCUGAAGAAUUCAACGCCAAAGUGCAGCUGCUCUUUGGCACCGUCCGCGACGAGGGCUUCGGCAUGGCGCUAGGCCGCUUUCCCGAGCUGAACAACGACAGCCUGGCAGAAGACUUUCUGACCUUCAACUCAACCCGAGA